UGAGGGAACGCCGCGCGCUCGACCAGUUUAGCCCAGUCGCUCCGUUGCUGCAGCGUGACACGCACCCACAGCGCGCGGAUUCAUUUUGCCAACACACUGCGCAACAAAACUUACAUUCUUUCAUUAUCACUGAGAGGAAAGUUGCAGAAGUAAAUGUCGAUUUCGGAAAUUCGGUUAUAGAAUUUGACACACGAUGAGACGCGGAAGAAAUCAAGCCGAGACAGCUUGCUGACUGAUUUGUUCUACUGGGGAAAGCGCGUGCACAUUUGGAAGGAGAUCGUUUUCUGCUCACGGUGGGUUGACUGCAACCGCAGAACGGAAGCAGUUUCAUCGCAUUCGAUUACGGAAAAAGGAUGUCUAUGCAUAUUAAAUCUGAAGCAUAUUAAUUUAGAUGUUUCCCUUUGUUAUCGUUACAGUCAGCAUCGAUUGAUCAGAGUUAUAUUUCAUCGCGUGGAACUGGUUUAUCUUCAUCUGGGACAAUUCAUUGAACAGACUCCAAAAUAUCAAUGUCCAAAUAAAUAUUUGUUUUUUAUUGGAAAUAGAAAAAGAAAAUCGUUUGAAAUAAUACAUAGAAGGUGAGCGAUAACUAUUUUGCUAAAUUAUGGAAAUUUAAUAUUUUACAAAGACUUUUAGGACUGCCACAUUUAAAAUAAUUACUUUAUACAAGCUCAGCGUUUCUUCUUGAAGUGGGGCUAAUUGAGUUAAAUAAUGGCUAUCAACACAGAUACAGAGUUUGAGAAAACCGGCUUGGGAGAGAAUGGAUCUGCGCCACCCACUGAGGUCCAGGAGACGGAGAAACUUAUCGGUGUCACGACCACCGAACCUACCGCGGGGAACGGCACGAAGCUCCCCGGAUCAUUCACGGUCAACAUGGGGAGCGACAAAUCCCCGGACGCGGACCAAAAUGGACACAGCUUGCCGCUCAGGUCAGGCUCCGUGGGUCAACUCGGAGCGACUCCUCGCUCCCCGUCCCGUGGGAGCCGCACUUCUUCAACGGGGAUCACCGCACAGGACCAGCCCAAACCCCGGGACUAUCUGAUACUGGCCAUAAUGUCCUGCUUCUGCCCGGUCUGGCCCGUUAACAUCGUCGCGCUCGUGUACUCUAUCAUGUCCAGGAACAGUCUGCAGCAGGGAGAUGUGGACGGGGCCAAGCGCCUGGGACGCCUGGCUCGCCUGCUGAGCAUCGUGUCCAUCAUCCUGGGCCUGGUGAUCAUCAUCAUCUACGUCACAGUCACAGCGAUGGGCGGGGUGUGAGGGUUAUGCCCCUGGCCCCUGGCCCCUGGCAUGGAAGCUCGUCUCAUCCGUUCAUAACCUGUAUUUACCUGAGAAGAUCACCUGCGAUGAUACUGUGACACGCCUCAAACCCGCCUCCACCCCAUUCUGGUGUGUCACUUUCAACUGAGGAGCCAAAUCAGACCAUGAAAUCGAAGAUAAUGUAACCAACCAAGAAAUACAUCAGUAAAGAAGACAUGCAUGAAUCAGAUAAUAUUCCCUACAGAAAAAGAUAAACAACAUAAAAAGUAGAAGUACAGAUACUAAGUGGUUUGUGUGUGGUCCAAAGGACACUCGAAAACGGAAGACUGACCUUUCAAAAGCGAAGGCUUCCACCAAGAAAAACAUGCAACUAAAUUAUUUAAGUAUACUCCUGGUUGACUCCUGUGUAUUCCAAACGUAUGAUUAUACUGAUAUGUUUGCAGUAUGUUUGAGUGUAAAUUUUGUAAAAUGUUUAGAUACAGACCUGAGAGGGAGGGAGCGACGGCAGGACUGUUUCCUGCGUAGCGGGGGGUUAGUCAGGAUUCAAUGAGGUUUGCGGUGACGUUUGUUUUGCGGUUUUUGAGAAAGGAGCACCUGCAUGCUUCCUCUGGGUGCGGAUAGGACCCUGUGAUUUUAUGACGUUGUUGAUAUUCUCUGGGUGCUGGGAUAAGCACUAUGACCAAGGGCGAUCGGGCAGGAUGCCGAUGGUGGCGGUUUCCCUGUUUCCUGUUUCCCGGUGAAGAGACUUACAGGAAGAGAUGGCGGGACGUGAACGUCUGCAGUAAGAGCACCGCAGAAGGCGGGACGCUGGCACGAAACUCCGAGCAAGAGGGACAGAGGAUGAACCCACCCCCCCCUCGCCACCUCUCCAGUGUACAUGCCACGUGUGCCAACCCUGCCCACCUGAUACCAGCUGGAGCAGGAGCCACGCUUCCUCUCCAUCUUCUGAUUAUCUGGUCACUUCCUGUUGUCCGCCUGCUAGUUUCCACUUCCUUGUUACCCACUUCCUGUGAGUCUCUUCACCGGGACACUCUAAGCCCCUCCCCUUUGAACCUGUGCUGCCACACACCUUCCCUUGCCAUGCUAUAGUACGAUAGACAUAUGAAAAUAAAUAUAUAUAUAUAUAUAUAUAAUAUAUAGGCAUGCUUAGGGCAUACAGGUAAUUAUCAGGUUUUUCUGUACCCCACUGUAAUGACCCUGUGAAAAAUGUCCCCACUGCAAGGGGAUGUCUCAUACGUUUGCGACUAAAACGUCAACAGAUUUAUAUCAACUGCAAGUUAGCGCACCUGUCUGUCUGUUUGUCCAUCUGUCAGUCUGUGCUCGUGUUGUUUCAUUUAAACAGAUCCGGUUAUUACCAAUCCGACCUCACAGCACAAGUCUGUUUGCAUACUGUGGGCGACUGCGGAAUAAAACAAAAACAAAAUGGAGGUGGAGAUGGUGGCUAUUGUUCCAGAAGGCUCAGAAGGCAAAACAGUCCGAGUAUUGGCCCGGUAUUACAUUACAGGCAUUUGGCAGACACUCUUAUCCAGAGCGACGUACAACAAAGUGUAUAACCAUAACCAGGAACAAGUAUGACGAAAACCCUAGAGAGAAGUACCGGUCCAAGUGCAGGGAACAACCGCAUAGUUCAACUUGGACCCUGAAGGUUAAACUGAUUAACACUAACAACGAGAACGGCAUCAACGCAGUCUAUGGAAAAAACACAAGUAGUUAAGGUAUCCCCAUACUGCAGCAGUGACUGUAACCCACGGUAGAACAUAUUCAUGAAAAUGGGCAUCUGUACUAGUAGAGGUAAAAAAAUAUAUAUUCUGACAUUAGUCUUCAGAAUCUGACAUAUGAUAACAGCACCUGCCGUUGAGAGCAGGCCGGCCUGUUAAUUGGACAGCCCUGGCACCUGACUUCCCUGUGAUUCCCAUGGCAUGUUUGAUGAACGUUUGAUGAGCGUUCGAUGAACUUUCACGCUGCAGCUUGCUGUGAUGUAAUGACUCAGUAAAUUGUCCCACAAAAUGUUGGAGGUGAAGCUCUCCCCAAUUCGAUCGCCCCAAACCCAAAGCGCCCGGCUUGAGUCAGUACACUACAGAGGGGCUGAAAUGAACACAACUCCACUGUUUCCCUUCCUGUCUAAAAGCUGAUAAAGCAUAUUACUUAGGAAAACCCUAAAUGUCAUGUAUCCCAUUUAUAUUUCAACAGCCUUUGGUAAAAUCGGCAGACAUGCAAUAAAUAUUUUAUUUUUUUGAAUACAGAAAGGCAAUAUGACUAAAUCAGGGAAAUGAUUCUUGCAGCUGACCCUUCUGCUGUUUUAAUGAGGUUAUGUAGAUUAUGUACCUGUGACCAGCCGAAUUUCUCCACCAACCUCCAAGCGAAAUCUGUCAAAUUUGACGCGACUCCUACCCGCACACAAGGUCCAGAUGCACAGUCCAUCCGUCAGUCAGUCUGUCAGUUUCUCUGCCCUUCUCCUGUGUCUGUAGUUCCAGGGUUCUGCCAGGCAGCAGGAUGGGUGAGUGACAGGCCUGGGUUUGGUAGGGGAAAGGCCUGUUAAAAGCACAGUGCAAGCAGGUGGAGGUAACUGAGCGCUGUAACAUUACGAAACGAGCAGAGAGGCCGUCUCCCAAAGCCUGCUGUCGAAAGAGAUUGGGGCGGAGAAUGGUGCCCGCCUCCUCCAUGCCCACCUCUGUGCCCGCCACCGCAGCUAAUGCCCAGGCCAUGCCACCCUGGUGCGCGUAUUACACCCUGUAGUUCGCAUUCCCCGCUGGACGACAUGUGCCACCAUCUCUUACCCUCCCGACACAGAAAUCUCCGUUUCGUCCACGUUGUAAAUGCUCCACAGUUACGUUGUAAUUUAUGUUGUCGAUAAUUAUUUAUAUAUGGCAUAUUGUAAAUCUCAGAUAUUUGUAUGUUUACUAUAAAUCUGAUGUGAGAAGCCAGGGCACUGUGGUGUCAGAUGGUGGUCCUGGUUAGCUGGGAGGUGGGAGGUGUUGUUUUUCAUAUCUUUGGCACGUGUGAAUAAACCUUUACAUGCAUGA